AUGUUCUUCUCAGAUGGGACUCUCUCAGCCGUCACUUAUGCUCUCCUGUUGGGAAUAACGUGUGUGAGCGUCCUCUGCGAUCUCACCAAGGGCUCUUCAGACUUCUCAGGUUACCUGUCCAAAGUGUUGAGGAACUACAGCGAGGAGGCCUGUGACGGAGACUUUCUGUCCGUUCGCUGCCCGCCCCGCACCACCAUCACCGUCCAAUCAGCUUUCUACGGGAGGAAAGGAGCCUCCGACCCCAAACAGUGCCCUCAGAGCUACCAGGCCCUCUUUAGUUCUUAUAACCCGCGGGAGGAUGACCGAUAUUGUUCUGUGUCCACAGCACUACAGAAAAUGCUGGACGAGUGCCAAGACAGAAGGAGCUGUCAAGUCCUUGUCAACAGCCGCGUGUUCGGGACGGACCAGUGUCCCGGCAGCAGCAAAUACCUCAUUGUCUGGUACAAAUGCAGACCUAACGAGUAUAAGAGUAAGGUGGUCUGUGAGGAGGAGAGGAUGAGGCUGAGCUGCAAACGGGGGAUGCAGAUCGCCGUUUACUCCGCCAUGUUUGGCCGAACUCAACAGGGCACCCUGGAGUGUCCCCUGCACCACAGGAGGGCCCCGUCAGUAGACUGCCAGUCGUCUGUGGCUCUGCAGGUUCUGACCUCCCGCUGCCAGGGAAGGAAGAGCUGUCUGGUCCGAGCCUCCAGCAGAGACUUUGGAGACCCCUGUUACUCCGGCACCAGGAAGUACCUGAACGUCAUCUACACCUGUGUGCCAAAGACGUUGCUCCAGGAGCAGGGACCCAGACCCCCGGUGUUCUCCCCUCCAUCCAGCGCCCAUGACCCCAACAUAGUGGGAGACAGCCCUCCAGAGGGGAGCUCAGUCAGAAGCCCCGACGCUGUUCCAGAAAGGAAGAAGGUCAGGGAGACCAACCCCGACGAGGAGAAGCUUUCAGAAGCCGGAGUAGUAGUAGGAGGAGGAGGAGGAGGUGGAGGAAAAGGAGGAGGUGGAGGAGGUGGAGAAGAAAGAGAAAGUCCACCGCCCCCCCGAGUAAUGAAUCCCAUCAUGAACUCCACGUCUAGCUCCAACAUGGCCCUCAUCAGCAACGCACUGGCAGCCUACACUUUCAUAUCAGACCACCCAGAGAGGGCAGCGCUCUUCUUCGUCUGCGGCGUGUGUUUGGGCCUCUUCCUCACACUCUUCGCCCUGGUGGUGCAGAUCUCCUGUCGCACCGACUGCCAGCCUCGGCAGCGGCCUCCUGCCAAGAAACGAGCGCGCCCUGCCGACUCAUCCUCCGAAUCAAGUGACUCGGACUCAGAUUGGGAAACCACCUCAGAUCUGUCGGCGCGGCGACACCGGCGGUUUGAACGCACGCUUAACAUGAACGUGUUCACGUCGGCCGAGGAGCUGGAGAGGGCGCAGAGGCUGGAGGAGAGGGAGCGCAUCAUCCGAGAGAUCUGGAUGAACGGGCAACCUGACAUCCCCGGGACACGGAGCCUCAAUCGCUAUUACUGAGGACUCUUUAGGGGCUUUUUUAUGUAAAGCUUACUUGACUUGAACACAAUUUAGGAUGCACUUGGGUUGGGGCAAGAGACAUGGUCCUUAAGAAGCUUUAUAAGCAAACUGUGGACUCACUGAUGAGAACAGGGGAAGGUAUUGGAGAUGCAAGGAAAAGUCCUCCCUAUUUGCUGGUUUGCAUAUUCCUCUGGGUAUCAUAAGCUGUACCCCAUUCAGUAAGAGAAUAAGCUCCCACUCUGCAUGGUAAGCUCACUUCUUUCUGCCGGAAGCGAGGGGUGAAAGGCUACAGCGCGUCGCCCGUGACCUCAGCAGGCCGUUUUGAAGUAGGGAUUUAUGGGUUAGCUGCCUUAGACACACACAGGCCUGCAGAGAGGGCAUAGUGACUGGAGGACCAAGGCCUCAGAUGGAUCUGUUUUAUGCAGGGUCACCUGAAAAAGACUGGGACACUUGGAGCUUUAUGCUCAGCACCCUCCAGUAUUCAAGGUUGGACUUUACAGAGGGGCGGCAUAAAGCAGAAAGAAGUGUACUAUGGGACAAUGUAAGAUAAUCUUUCCACAGAAAAUAACCACGCUGCCUUUUGAACUUUCUAAAAACCAAAAUAUAUUUUGGAGGGAAUUCAUCUCAUCCAUUAUGAAAUCUAUUUUAUAAUAUUUAAUAGUUUAUUGAUGUUGUGUAUUUUUGUUCUCAAGUAUGGUUUAUUAUGAGAUAUUUUUAUACUUGGCGAAGGUUUGUCUGGCACCUCAGGGAUGCAAUCCUAGUGUUUCUGUGUUUGGUUGAUGUAUUUGCUUCCUAAGAAGGGGAUCAGCCCAUUUAAACAGCUAAUGUCAGCAUUUAAAGAAAAAGAAGAGCCUCAAAGAGGUUUAGUGAUUUUAUCUUAUUUUUGAUACAGUAUGUUUAAUUCACAGUGCGGUGCCUUUUCUAGCUAUUAGGUCACUGUUGUCAUGAGUGCAGCUGGUAUAUAACCCUAUAACUGGUCAUAUUGGAUAUUCCAAAUUUAGCUUAUCAUAUAUGUAUUCUCGUUUAAUGAUUACUGUUGCUUUGCCGAAGUAGAGCAUGUGUAAAAUAUGUCUGUCACACGUUGCACUUGCUGUUCUCCCUGGAUGUAAAUGUUCAUAACCAGAAUAUGCCAAUUUUGUACCAGUAAAUACGCUAGAGAUCAUUUUUCUGGUCGUCACCCAAAUUUCAGGUCAACUGUGCCAUUACUUCUAAGGUACCAGUGCUAAACCAGAUGAUUGUGGUAACCGCUGCUCAUGGCCAUCUGGAGAAGGAACCAGCUCUGAAAAAAGGUUCACAGUGCACGAGCAAAUCUGCGUCUCUUAAAUCAUGUUGCCAGUUCUAUAAAAUAAGCUAUUGUCAAUCCAGCUCUGUGUGCACUGCCCUGGAUUCCAACAUAGAAAUAGUUAUAGUUUUCUUUAAAAAAAGCUUGGUAUUUUUCCUGACUGAAAGUUUAAAUGAGAGUAUACAGGACAUAUUAGGGUCAUCCACAUAAAGACUGCCAAUAUAUAUCGUUUUUUAUAAAGACAGUUUUUGUGUUUGAAUUUGAAUGGAUAAAAUGUGCCGAUAGCUGGUAAAGUGAGACCAAAUUAUGACUCCUGUGUUUGAAAUAAACUGUGUUAAAAAAAAACUUGCCCACUGUUUGAUUUAAUCUUGCACAUGUUCAUGUUCACAAUGCUUGUAUUAUAGCCCAAUCAUGCACACUACAUGCUCUGUACUAUGUUCUUACUGUUCUGAUCUCAUACUAAUGUCAUGCUACAGAAAUAGAGCGUAAACAGUACAGUAAGGUCAUUAUAUCUCACAAGAUAUGUGUUUAUGAUGGAUGUGAUGGAUGACAUAUUGUUAUUGAGUGGAGCGAGAAGUGUUGGUGUGUGUCGCCCCCUGCUGGUGAAGUAAGAACUCUUCAGUUUGAGUGCAUGGAUGCUUUUAUAUUUAUUUUUGAAUGCCUGUCAUUAAAAAGAUCUUACUAUUC